UGACAGUCGCAUCCUCCACAGUGUGUCGAGCUUCACGCAGCUGUCUCAGCCUCCAGCCCGCCUCGUCAAAGUAGAACCCACGUCUUCUAGAGAACAUGGACUUCAAUGGAACAUGGCAGGUCUACUCCCAGGAGAACUACGAGGAGUUCCUCAGGGUCAUGGAACUUCCAGAAGACGUCAUCAAGAUGGCCAAGGGCAUCAAGCCCAUUACUGAGAUCAAGCAGAAGGGUAACGACUUUGUUGUCACCUCCAAGACACCUGGGAAGACUGUGACCAACACCUUUACCGUCGGAAAGGAGGCCGACAUCACCACCAUGGACGGCAAGAAGCUCAAGUGCAUUGUCAAUCUGGAGGGGGGCAAACUGGUCUGCAACACCGGCAAGUUCUCCCACAUCCAAGAGCUCAAGGGAGGAGAGAUGGUUGAGACCUUGACCAUGGGCUCAACAACUCUUAUCAGGAAGAGCAAAAAGAUGUAAACUUGGCAGAGAAUAAACCAAUUUUCUAUUUUCUAUAUAAUAAAAAAAGUGAAAUAAUAA